AUGGCGGCCAUCGUAGUCACGCUCCGCUGCAUGGCGUGGCCGUCGCUGUUGGCGUUGGCAAGCUUCGCCUUCGCCUUCGCGACGCUGUGCGCGCCGGUCGCGUCGGCGGCGGCGGCGACGGCGACGGCGUACAUUGUGCACAUGGACAAGUCGGCCAUGCCUCGGGCGUUCGCGAGCCACCAGCGGUGGUACGAGUCCACGCUGUCCGCGGCUGCGCCGGGCGCGGACAUGUACUACGUGUACGACCACGCGGCGCACGGGUUCGCGGCGCGGCUGCGGGGCGACGAGCUGGAGGCGCUCAGGCGCUCCCGCGGGUUCGUGUCGUGCUACCCCGACGACGCCAGGGUGGUGCGCCGCGACACGACGCACACGCCCGAGUUCCUCGGCGUCAGCGCGGCGCCGGGGGGACUGUGGGAGAAGGCCGGGUACGGGGACGGCGUCAUCGUGGGCGUGGUGGACACCGGCGUGUGGCCCGAGAGCGCCAGCUUCCGCGACGACGGCGGCGGCGGGCUCGCGCCGGUGCCCGCGCGGUGGAAGGGCGUCUGCGAGUCCGGCACGGCGUUCGAUGGCGCCAAGGCGUGCAACCGGAAGCUCAUCGGCGCGCGCAAGUUCAACAAGGGACUCGUCGCCAACGAGAACGUGACCAUCUCUGUCAACUCCCCGCGCGACACCGAUGGCCACGGCACGCACACCUCGUCCACGGCCGCCGGCUCGCCGGUGCCCGGCGCGUCCUUCUUUGGCUACGCUCCGGGCACCGCGCGCGGCAUGGCGCCGCGCGCUAGGGUGGCCAUGUACAAGGCGCUCUGGGACGAGGGCACGUACCCGUCCGACGUACUCGCCGCCAUCGACCAGGCCAUCGCGGAUGGCGUCGACGUCAUCUCCCUCUCCCUCGGUUUUGACGACCAGCCGCUGUACCAGGACCCCAUCGCCAUCGGCGCGUUCGCCGCGAUGCAGCGGGGCGUGUUCGUGUCGACCUCCGCGGGCAACGAAGGCCCCGACCUCGGAUUCCUCCACAAUGGCACGCCGUGGACGCUUACCGUCGCGUCGGGUACGGUGGACCGGGAGUUCUCGGGCGUCGUGACCCUCGGCGACGGCACCACCGUCAUCGGCGAAUCACUGUACCCGGGCAGCCCGAUCGCGCUCGCGGCCACCACGCUCGUCUUCCUCGACGCGUGCGACAACUUCACGUUGCUCUCCAAGAACCGCGACAAGGUCGUCCUUUGCGACGCCACCGCCUCCCUGGGCGACGCCGUCUCUGCAUUGGAACUGGCCCAAGUGCGCGCGGGCUUGUUCCUGUCCAACGACUCCAUCAAGGUGCUCUAUGAGUCAUUCUCGUUCCCGGGCGUCAUCCUGAGCCCGCAAGAUGGGCCCCUGCUGCUCCAGUACAUACGAAGCAGCCGCGCGCCCAAGGCGGCGAUCAAGUUCGAGGUGACCAUCCUGGGAACGAAGCCGGCGCCGAUGGUGGCGGCGUACUCGUCGCGCGGCCCGUCGGGGAGCUGCCCGACGGUCCUCAAGCCAGACCUGAUGGCGCCGGGCUCGCUGAUACUGGCCUCGUGGGCGGAGAACAUCAGCGUAGCCUUCGUCGGAUCAACGCAGUUGUACAGCAAGUUCAACAUCAUCUCCGGCACGUCCAUGGCGUGCCCACACGCGGCCGGGGUGGCCGCGCUGCUCAAGGCCGUGCACCCGGAGUGGAGCCCGGCCAUGGUCCGGUCGGCGAUGAUGACGACGGCCAGCGCGCUGGACAACACCGGGGCGUCCAUCAAGGACAUGGGCAACCGCAACCACCCCGCGUCGCCGCUGGCGAUGGGCUCGGGCCACAUCGACCCCACCCGCGCCGUGGACCCGGGCCUGGUCUACGACGCCGCGCCGGGGGACUACGUCAAGCUCAUGUGCGCCAUGAACUACACCGCCGCGCAGAUCAGGACCGUCGCGCAGUCGCCGUCGUACGCUGUUGACUGCACCGGCGCGUCCCUCGACCUCAACUACCCGUCCUUCAUAGCGUUCUUCGACGCCAACGGCGGGGCCGUCGAGCGCACGUUCACUAGGACCGUGAUCAACGUCGGCGACGGGCCUGCGAGCUACAGCGCCAAAGUUACGGGCUUGAGCGGCUUGACGGUGACCGUGAGUCCGGACAAGUUGGCCUUCGGCGGCAAGAACGAGAAGCAGAAGUACACGCUUGUGAUCCGGGGGAAGAUGACGAACAAGAGCGGAGAUGUGUUGCAUGGUGCGUUGACGUGGGUGGACGACGCGGGCAAGUACACCGUCAGAAGUCCCAUUGUCGCAACCACCGUGAGCUCAGAUCAGUUUUAG